UCACGCGACACAAAGGUGGUUUACCCCUCUCCCAUGAAAACCAAAGCACCAGACAUUUCUAAACCAGCACCCGGAAAGAAAUGUCACCACAAGGUCAAAAUACGGGUCGGAGGCCCGAGCUCAGGCACGACCCGGUAACAAACCGAUGGGUCAUUUUCUCACCCGCCCGUGCCAAAAGACCCACUGAUCUCAAAUCCAAAUCCCCUCAAAACUCUAACCCCAACGACAACUCCUCAUGCCCUUUCUGCAUCGGCAACGAGCACGAGUGUGCACCCGAAAUCUUCCGGGUCCCGUCUGACCCGUCCGACCCGAAUUGGAAACUCCGGGUCAUUGAGAAUCUCUAUCCCGCCCUGAACAGGAAUCUCGAGGGCCCGUGUGAUGAAAAGCAGGAUAUGGGUGUUCCGGGUCUGGCCAUGGGCGGUUUUGGGUUUCACGAUGUGGUGAUAGAGAACCCGGUUCAUUCGGUCCAUCUGUGUGAUAUGGAGGCGAGAGAUAUUGGCCAAGUUUUGCUUGCUUAUAAGAAGAGGAUUCAGCAGAUUGCUACUGUUGAAUCCAUUAAAUACGUGCAGGUGUUCAAGAACCAUGGCGCAUCUGCUGGAGCAUCGAUGAGUCAUUCACAUAGCCAGAUACUGGCUCUUCCCAUUAUUCCUUCAUCAGUUUCUGCUCGAUUUGAGGGCAUGAAUGAGUACUUUGAAAAGACAGGAAAAUGCAGUCUAUGUGAAGUUCAAGCAAAAGAACUUUUGAUUGAUGAAUCGACUCAUUUUAUCUCCAUUGUUCCUUUUGCUGCCACAUUCCCUUUUGAGAUAUGGAUUAUUCCCAGGGCGCACUCCUCUCAUUUCCAUGAAUUUGACUGUGAGAAGAUGGUUGAUCUCGGUGGAUUGCUGAAGCUCAUGCUUAGGAAGAUGUCUCUACAACUGAACAACCCGCCAUUUAACUUCAUGAUCCAGACCUCUCCCCUUCAGGUUAAAGAAUCAGAAUUAUUCUAUUCUCACUGGUUUUUACAGAUAAUACCUCAGUUGAGUGGGGUCGGGGGGUUUGAAAUUGGAACUGGCUGCUACAUAAAUCCUGUUUUCCCCGAGGAUGCUGCAAAGGUUAUGAGGGAAGUUAAUCUGCAAGUGGAGGGUUGAACUGAUCACAUUCAUACCAGUAAUAUACCUUAGAUUUACAUGAGAAGCUGAAAAAGAAGGGUAAUAAGGAGAAGAUAGUCUCAUCAAUAGGAACUGUUUUUUUUUUAUGUUGUGUUUGUGCAAGGAAAGUAGAAGCAUAUUCAUUUGAAGUGUGCGGCAAAAGCUCUCAUGUGUCCCGCAUGGCUAAUGCUUUCUUUUUUUUUCCGGCUAGUGCAUCAUGCUGUUGUUAAUAACUUAAUAAUGCAAGACAGAGAGAAAGUCAAGAGAGCAACACCUUUGAAUGACAGGAAGAAAUCGACUGUCAUGGCAUAGAAAGGAGAUCAGAUCUACUCGAACAGUUUGGCAUGACGGUAUCCAAUGCUUUCUAGUUUCUAAAUUCCAACCCCUGUUCUCUUUAAACGCUGCAUGAUUAAAGUUUUAAAUGAUGGGUCAAAAUGCCUUUGGAGUGAGAUGUCAAAAUUUCUUGGUGUUAACUAAACACCAAGAAAGAAAGUAAAAGACCAAUGGAGAAGCCAUCCUAGUCUCUUUGCCUCAUUACUCUCUCAAACCCUUUGGAGAAAGUUGAAAAGAGGAAGGGCCGAAUCAUCUUUGUCGUUUUAAUUUUUCGGUUUGAGCAAGCACGAAUAAACUUUGGAGCUACGCAUGCCCAGAAAGGGCAUGCUUUUCUCCCAUCCUAUGAUGUGCAUUUUGCUUCAACUAUUUGUUUUUUGCUGUUCUGGACCACUGUGAUUUGUGCCCAUAAAUAUUGUCGAGUGUGUUAUCGUGAGA